AGGAAAAAAUGUGUCUAUCUUGCAACUUUUGAGACCAUCAUCAGAAUUUAAUAAGUAUUUGAAACACCACAGAGCUGCAACAAAUUUGUCUUCCGAGAGAGGAGACAGUCAUCGAAGGCCAGACGCAUUAACCACCACCAUGUCUGGGAAGCUUUCCUGAGCAUCGCAAGCUGGACAUACAUUAAACAAUUAAAAAAAUAUAGCCAUUUCAAACAGGUCCGUCCUUGGAUACAAGAGUUUUUUUGUUUUUGUUUAUUUUUCCCUCCUUCUUCCUCUUUUCCUUUUUGUGGUCAUCUUGGACAUGUUUUCUUCCUGACGCGCUAAUGGCUUGACCUUUGACCUCCAUAUCCCUGAGUGGUUUGCCCAUGACCUUUUCCCUCAAUGAUGAAAACACAGCUCUCCGCUCCUCCUCGCCAUCUCUGCUCUCUCCACAAAUGUCCACUCUCAGGUGAAACACGGGGACUGGGACACUGAGACCUUCGCUCGCUCGAUGAAAAACUAAAAAAAGCUUAUCCUGUAGCCCCCAGUAGUUGUUCGGAAGCCAGCAGUUCGGAUGAUUAUUGUGGAAAUACCAUUCCUUUUUCUCUUGAUCCGAAAAGGUUCACUCGCAUACCCUCAGGGCCCCCCGACACAGUUUCCCCAUCCCGGCCCGCCGCUAUAACAAGCUAAGUACAAAAAAGCCCCACAAAAACACAACAAAACAAAAAAUGGCUGCCGGAGUGGCAACAUGGCUGCCCUUUGCCCGGGCGGCGGCAGUGGGCUGGCUGCCCCUGGCCAAGAAGACCAUGCCCAAGCCUCCCAUUGACAAAAAGAGCCGCAGUGAUGAGAUCCUUUUUGUGAAUGUCAGCGGCCUCCGAUUCCAGACAUGGAAAAACACCCUCGACCGGUACCCGGACACCCUGCUCGGCAGCUCGGAGAAGGAAUUCUUCUACAACGAGGACACUCAGGAAUAUUUCUUCGACAGGGACCCCGAAAUGUUUCGCCACAUACUGAACUUUUACCGCACGGGCAAGCUGCACUACCCGCGCCACGAGUGCAUCCAGGCCUUCGACGAGGAGCUGGCCUUCUUUGGCAUCGUCCCUGAGAUCAUCGGUGACUGCUGCAUGGAAGAGUACCGCGACCGCAAGAAGGAGAACCAGGAACGCCUGGCGGAGGACAAUGAAGCCGGGGAGGGGGGCGACGCCCCCUUACCCCCUGACAGCACCUUACGUGAACGCCUCUGGCGCGCCUUCGAGAACCCCCACACAAGCACCAUGGCCCUGGUGUUCUACUACGUUACGGGUUUCUUCAUCGCAGUCUCGGUCAUCGCCAACGUGGUAGAAACCGUUCCGUGUCGGCCCAUAAAAGGCACCGUGAAGGACCUGCCGUGCGGCGAGAAGUACUCGCUGGCCUUCUUCUGCAUGGACACGGCCUGCGUGCUCAUCUUCACCUUCGAGUACCUGAUGCGACUGUUCGCGGCGCCCAGCCGCUGCAAGUUCAUGCGCUCGGUGAUGAGCGUGAUCGACGUGGUGGCCAUCAUGCCGUACUACAUCGGCCUCGUCAUGCCCGAGAACGAGGACGUGAGCGGCGCCUUCGUCACCCUCAGGGUCUUCCGUGUCUUCCGCAUCUUCAAGUUCUCGCGCCACUCGCAAGGGCUGCGCAUCCUGGGCUACACGCUAAAGAGCUGCGCCUCGGAGCUGGGCUUCCUGCUCUUCUCCCUCACCAUGGCCAUCAUCAUCUUCGCCACGGUGAUGUUCUACGCCGAGAAGGGCACCAAGGGCACUUCCUUCACCAGCAUCCCUGCCGCCUUCUGGUACACCAUCGUUACCAUGACGACACUAGGGUAUGGAGACAUGGUGCCCGACACCAUCGCAGGGAAGAUCUUUGGUUCGAUCUGCUCUCUCAGCGGCGUGCUGGUGAUCGCCCUUCCCGUGCCCGUCAUCGUCUCCAACUUCAGCCGCAUCUACCACCAGAACCAGCGGGCCGACAAGAUGCGGGCACAGCAGAAAGUGCGGCUGGCCAGAAUCCGCCUGGCCAAGAAAGGGACCACCAAUGCAUUCCUACAGUAUAAAGAGGAUGGGGGACUGCAGGAUCGUGACAGCGACAGCACUGCUUUGUGUGUGAAGAACAGGUCGUCCUUUGAACACCAACAUCACCACCUCUUGCACUGCCUGGAGAAAACCACGAAUCACGAGUUCACAGACGAGCUGACGUACAGUGAGGUGUGCAUGACGGAGUCAGUGGGCUUCCGUACCAGCCGUAGCACUUCCCUGUCCAGCCACCAGGGCGGCUCCUCGUCCUGCUGCCCACGCAGGGCCAAGCGCAGGGCCAUUCGGUUGGCCAACUCCACCGUGUCCGUCAGCCGAGGCAGCAUGCAGGAGCUGGACACCCUCCACGUGCAGAAGACCGCACCAACCGCACCACAGAGUCGCUCCAGCCUCAAUGCCCGGACGGAGGACCUGAAGUUGAACUGUGACGACCGAGAUUUCACAGCAGCCAUCAUCAGUAUCCCGACGCCCCCCGCCAACACGCCCGACGAGAGUCUUCCCCCGUCGCCCGCCCUCCACGGAAUACUGCGCAACUCCCGUUCCGGCUCCUUCACCCACGAAGCCGUCAAGAUCUCCUCCUUAUAA